AUGGCAACAACUCCCACAAGUAUACAAACAGCAUGCCUAAAAUCACGCUCUUGCUCCGCAUCAUCAAGACCAAAACCUUCAUUCAAACGAGCCCACACAACUCAAUCCUCGCCAGAACCCCCACCACCACAUCUACUCCACGAAAAACUCACCCUCCCCUCCGGCCGAACCCUAGGCUACGCAAUCUACAACUCCCAACUGGCACCACCGCAAUCCACAUCAUCCUCUGCCAAACUUGAAACAAACCCGCCCAAAACCAUAAUUUACUUCCACGGCUACCCCUCCUCCCGCCUGGAAGGCCUAAGCUUCACCACCUGGCCAAAAAAGCAUAACUUCACCCUAAUCGUGCCGGAUAGACCAGGCUUCGGCCUCUCAACUCCAGACCCAUCCCGAACAAUCCUCUCCUGGGCAAAUGAUAUCCGCGCCCUAGGUCACCACCUACGUCUACCCAGUUUCUACAUUUUGGGUUGUUCGGGUGGAGGUCCGUACGCGAUUUCUUGUGCGCAUGCGCUGUCUGGAGAUAUGCUUUUGGGCGUUGGUGUUAUUGCGGGAUCGCCGCCUUGGUAUGGUGUUGGAGGAAAGUUUAAUGCAAAAGAUGUUACGUUGAGUAGGCGGAUUUUGGCUUGGGGGAGUGUUUCUUAUCCGGGGGUUAUUAGGUGGGUGGCGGAUGGUAUACUUGGGGGUCUGAGGUGGGUUGUUAAGACGGAGUUUGUGGGUGGGUUGAUUGAUAGGUGGAUUGAGGGUGUGAAAGGACUUGAACAGCAACGACAAAGCAGCAAAGGAGAAAAUACAGGUUCAAUUGCAUCCGAAAAAGCAAAUGCCAGUUCAAGUUCAAGCCCAGAGGAAAGAGACUACGAAAAGCAAGAUUCUCUCGAAACAGAUGAACUAUCAAUCACACGCGCACGAAACCACCUCCUAUCAUCCUCCCUCGAAGCCUUCACUCAGGGUUCACACGCCGCAAUACAAGAAGCUCGACUGCUCUCUCAACCCUGGGGUUUUGAACUCGAAGAUGUACGGUAUGAGGGGAUUAAGAUCUGGCAUGGUGUUCGGGAUAUAAAUGCGCCGAUAAGUAUGGUGCGGGCUAUGGUCGAGCGGUUGCCAGCGAGUACUGUCUUUAAGGACAUAGACGCAGAUCAUUAUUCUAUGGGUCAUUUUUUUGAAGACGCUUUGGUUGGGUUGUUGGACUCGGGCUGGAGGACCUCAGAGGAGGAAGAUAGGGAGUCAAAGACGUCUAAGGGGAUGCGAGUUGAGUACGAGAGUAUAAGGAUAUGA